AUGGUGUCUGGGUUGAGAACCGCCAGUAUCAGAAAAGAGUCACCAAACUGGAUGCUGGAGAGCGUGGAGGUUGAUCGCAUGGUUGAUGUGCCGAUCCAGGAUGACUCAGGUCCAGGUCCGGGUCCAGGUCCUGGUUCAGGUCCGACUAUAGUCAUGUCUUCAAGAGCGAAACCUCCCACUGCGCCAUCCAUUAAGAGGAAUACAAGCGCUGCUGUCAGGAAGAGUGGGUUGCUUUCUGGUGGUGGUAAUAAUUGUCCUGGUAAGAUUGACAGGACGGCCUCCACCGCCGCUAGAGGCCUUCAGAGUUUACGUUUCCUUGAUAGAACUAUUACAGGCAAGGAAAAUGAUGCCUGGAGAUCCAUUGAAAGGCGUUUUAAUCAAUUUGCAGUUAAUGGGAGGAUUUCUAAAGAAAAAUUUGGCAUAUGUGUUGGAAUGGGAGAAUCAAAGGAAUUUACUUUUGAACUAUUUGAUGCGUUAGCACGGCGUAGGCAAGUUGAUACUGAGAAUGGAAUAACCAAGGAACAAGUGAGAAUAUUUUGGGAAGACAUGACCAAGAAAGAUCUUGAUCUUCGACUUCAAAUAUUCUUUGAUAUGUGUGAUAAGAACGGCGACGGGUUGCUAUCAGAGGAGGAGGUACAAGAGGUCAUAGUCUUGAGUGCCUCUGCAAAUAAGCUCUCAAAUCUUAAAGAUAAUGCUGCAACCUACGCAGCUUUAAUUAUGGAAAAGCUAGAUCCUGACCUUAAAGGAUAUAUAGAGAUGUGGCAACUAGAAAUUCUACUAAGAGGAAUGGUCUCGGAUGAUGGCAACAAGGAGCUCGAUAGUAACCUUACAAAAGCCAUGAUUCCCCAACACUAUAGAACUACUCAUGGCAGAAUCCUUUACAAUGCCACUGAAUUUUUCUUUGACAAUUUUAAAAGAAUAUGGAUCAUCUUUUUAUUCAUAACUGCAAAUAUAGCACUCUUCAUGUGGAAAUUCGUCGAAACUCAGUCGACACCCACAUUCCAAAUUACAGGUUAUUGCGUCUGUUUUGCGAAGGGUUGUGGGGAGACUAUCAAAUUUAAUAUGGCUCUAGUUCUUUUUACAGUUUGUAGAAGAACCCUCACCACGCUUAGAUCAACAUUUCUUCAUAAAUUAAUCCCUUUUGACGACAAUUUAAACUUUCACAAGAUGAUUGCAGUGGGAAUAGCAAUUGGAAGUGCUGUACAUACAUUAUUUCAUCUCCUUUGUAAUUAUCCGAGAAUUAGUUCUUUUCCAAGAGAACAAUUCAUGGCUAUUGCUGGUCCUGCAUUAAAUUUCCAGCAACCAAGUUAUCUAGAUUUGUUGUUGACUACUGUAGGCCUGACAGGCAUAUUCACCGUGCUUAUUAUGACCUUCUCAUUCACGCUUGCAACAAGCUAUUUCCGAAAGAAUGUCGUCAAAUUACCCUGGAUUUUUCACAACUUAGCAGGAUUCAAUUCCUUCUGGUAUGCACAUCAUUUGUUGGCUUUGGCCUACGUGCUCGUAUUCAUGCACGGAUGGUUCCUCAUUUUUGACAAGCCAUGGUACCAGAAAACGACAUGGAUGUAUCUUAUUAUACCAGUCAUAUUUUAUUCUAGAGAAAGAAUCCUUUCUUCGUAUUCAGAUAACAGUCAUCGGGUGGACAUCAUUAAGGCAGUGAUAUAUACAGGAAAUGUUCUAGCCUUGUACAUGACUAAACCUUCAGCCUUCAAGUACAAAAGUGGAAUGUACCUUUUUGUCAAGUGUCCUGAUAUAUCACCUUUUGAAUGGCAUCCCUUUUCCAUCACUUCUGCCCCAGGAGAUUACUACUUGAGUGUCCACAUAAGAACCUUGGGAGACUGGACUACUGAACUUAAAGAGAGAUUUGAACAGGUCUGCGAGCCUCCGAAAGCGAAACCAAACAGCAAGGGCCUAAUGAGAAUGGAAACUAGAACGGCGGCAACUUCAAAUGAUUCAGAAUCCGAUAUUUUGUUUCCGAGAAUCCGUAUCAAGGGACCAUUUGGAGCCCCAGCUCAGGAUUACAAGAAAUAUGACAUCCUCUUACUUAUUGGGUUGGGAAUUGGAGCAACUCCAUUUAUCAGUAUUAUAAAGGAUCUCCUCAACCACAUCAAGUCAAAUGACGACCCUGUCUUCACAGAGAAUGGUUUUAAGAAGGGUCCUGAAAGAGCCUACUUCUAUUGGGUGACAAGAGAACAAGGGUCCUUUGAAUGGUUUAAAGGAGUCAUGGAUGAUAUUGCAGAUCAUGAUGUUAAUAAUAUAAUAGAAAUGCACAAUUACUUGACGAGUGUGUAUGAAGAAGGAGAUGCAAGGUCUGCGCUUAUUGGCAUGGUUCAGAAACUGCAACAUGCUAAGAAUGGAGUUGAUAUUGUUUCCCAAAGCCGGAUAAAAACGCAUUUCUCAAGACCUAAUUGGAGAAAGGUGUUCACACAAUUGGCAAAUGACCAUGACUCUUCUCGAAUAGGCGUGUUCUAUUGCGGAAGUGCUACACUUACAAAAACCCUGAAGGAGCUUUGCGCUGAAUUUACUCUAGAGACACCAACCCGAUUUGAAUUUCAUAAGGAGAAUUUCUAA